AUGAAGACUAAUGGUCUUUUAGAAAACAGAGCCCUUUUACAAGUACUUACUCAUGCAGAAAACACAAGUCGUACCCCUAUCGACAUUUUAAAGGGAGCUGUUGCAGGGGGAGUUGUUGUUUCAUUUAUUGAUGAAAAAAAUCGUUACCCGGACACUGUACUUAUGCCAUCGUCUUCUGAUCUUGCCACUCUAGCGAUACUUAUAACAGAAGGACUUUUUGUUCCUUCCCUUCACCGUGUUGUGGGGGAUCAACUCUCACGGUAUACGGUUGUUGGGGAAUCUGGAUGUUUUGAAUCUUUAGCAAUUCCAGUUCUUCUUUUUCCAGACUGUUUUGCAGUUCCCUCUGCAUGCGAGUCAACACCUCAGAGCACACCCUCACGUCCUCUGCUCUCCCCAGGUACAGUUACAGCUACAGGCGUAACAAAUACAUCUUUAGAUUCACAUUCUUCACAAACUGGAGUAUCGGCUGCUUCGGUAGAUAUUUACCAGUUACAUAAACUGCGCUCUAAUGUGGGAAUUUUACUUUUAAAGAGUGUAAAUGAAGUUUUACAAGAUGCAGAGGUAUGGAAAUUAAAAGCUUCUAGAACCAAAAACACAACAGGAAAAGAUACAUCUACUGAAGUGGCAGCUAUGAACGCUGUUAUAGCACUAUUUUAUGAAAUUAAAAUACUUCUGCUUUGUUGUAUUUUAAGUUCUGAUAGAGCUUAUAAAGAAGAAAAUAAUGAUGAGAAUGAUUUUACUUUAGCAAGUAGUUGUUUUAGUGAAUUAUUUCCCCCAGAUGAAUUGUUCAGGAUCUUUGAACAUGAGAGCCGACCGUCUGCAGAUGAUGUGGUAAAGUGGUAUGAUGUUAUGCUAAAGAAUAUUACUAACAGUGCACAGACAUUGACGAAUGCUAAAUUACAAAAUCUUGUUAUGGAAUUACAGCAAGAAACUGUGGCAGAUGGUGUUCGCGUAAAUGGUUUACCCAUUCAAUUACUUCAUCGUCCACAUGAUACGACAAGCUCAACUUUUUUUCAAAUUUCUCUUCCUCAUAUUGAGCUUCCACAUCUGGAAACGCAACCAGGUGAGAUGGUUUAUCUUUUUGGUGAUCCAGGUGAACAACCUCUGUUAUUUGAUACAAAUCCAUCAAAGAUUUUUUUUCUCUUGCGCCGCUCUGCUACUACGAAAUUGACAUCCAUGCAAAUACGAGAUGUUGAUAAAAUGUUCGCAAGUGCUCCAUGGCAAAAUCUUCGUGAUGUAUUGGUGCAAACCAUGGCUUACUACCUUUCUGAUGAUCAAUUUAUAUGCUCUGUACUGGAGAAGAAUAGUUCACUUAUGGUCAAAUUGAUCCAAUGGUUGCAUAAAGAUGUAUCAGAAGCUGAUAAAGAGGAAAACAAUAAGAAUGAAACGAGUGAAGAAAGAGAAGAGAAGGAAAAGAAUUUGGAUGAAAGAAAGAAAAUGGGUCUAUUAAUGACAGCCAACAUUAUGAAUGCUGCUGUUCAUAUUGCACCAUUUAGUGCAGGAGUUGCACAAUUUAUGCGAGAGAUGUUGGACUGCGGUUUACUCACUGCAGAUCAUUUAAACCCAUGGGUAAAGCACUCUGUAGCAGAUUUAGAAGGCAAAUCAUCUGCCACUGUUGGAUUAUUUGCAAUUAUUGUAACAUUCGCGCUCAUACACCGAGGUUGGGAGCUUGAAGAAAAUGCUCGUGAAGAAACCAUCAAAUUAUGUACUCAACAUCGGCAACAACAAAACUGUCUUACAUUACUGAAUCUAUUACGCCGCUAA